UUGUGGGUCGUGAACUAAAUUUAAAGUGUAUUUGGAGUCCGGAUGAGAGAGAGAGAGAGAGAGGGGGAGGGAGACCUGAAAAGGCGAAGUCUUUGGAAAGAAAAGAGGCAGUGUUACAUUUAUUGACCUACAACUUUUUCUUCCUUGUGCAGUUGAUCUUGAUAUUAUAAAUCCAGUAGCUUAGAAAGAAGUAAUAUCUAUGCAUUCGGAUGAAAAAAGUUUUUUAUUUUUUUUAAAGAUUUUUUUCUCUCUUUCUGAGAGUUUUGGUCUUUGUUAAGAUGCUUACUGCUUCGAGGACCGAGAUCUCUUGUGGCUUGUGAUUAAGUUAGGCAGCUGUGCUUCGAUCGGUCUUACCUACCUGGGUGCCCGUGAUUCCUCAAGAGGUUCCGCCUUAUAUUUCUUUUGCUGAAAUGGGGUGUAAUAAGAACUUCAAAAGAUUGUUACCAAGAACUGAUCCUUUUUUUUCGGGGGGCAGCUGCAUGUAUGUACAUGACAAGGGGAAUAUAAAUUGACGGAAAGUUUCUCGAGAGAUUUUGAUUUUACCGGUAGCGUGAUUCACCAGUAGAAUGUCAUUCCGUAGCAUAGUUCGUGAUGUGAGGGAUGGCUUUGGGAGCUUAUCUAGACGCGGUUUUGAAGUCAGGUUCACUGGCCAUCACAGAGGCAAAUCGCAUGGUUCAUUGCAUGCUUUACACGAUCACCCUAUCAUAAUUCAGAGCAGCCGUUGGGCUAGCUUACCCCCUGAACUACUCUAUGAUGUAAUUAGGAGGUUGGAAGAGAGUGAGAGUACGUGGCCUGCUCGUAAGCACGUUGUUGCAUGUGCAGCAGUUUGCCGUUCUUGGAGGGUUACGUGCAAAGAAAUUGUUAAGAGUCCUGAGUUAUCCGGGAAACUAACCUUCCCUGUGUCGCUGAAGCAGCCGGGACCUCGGGAUGGAAAUUUUCAGUGUUUCAUAAAAAGGGAUAAAUCUGACUUAAUAUACCGCCUUUUUCUGUGUCUUAGCCCGUCUUUGCUGGUUGAAAAUGGAAAAUUCCUUCUUUCGGCAAAGAGGACUCGAAGAACCACGUACACGGAAUAUGUCAUCUCCAUGGAUGCAGAUAACGUUUCAAGAUCAAGUAGCACUUAUAUUGGGAAAUUAAGAUCAAACUUCCUUGGCACUAAGUUCAUAAUAUACGAUACACAGCCUCCAUACAGUUCCGCCUAUAUCCCCCCUCCAGGGCGGAGUAGCCGUAGGUUUUAUUCCAAAAAAGUCUCCCCAAAGGUUCCAACGGGCAGCUACAACAUUGCCCAGGUAACAUACGAACUAAAUGUGUUAGGCACUCGGGGCCCAAGGAAGAUGCAUUGCGUCAUGCAUUCAAUCCCAGCCUCGGCAAUUGAUGCAGGCGGCACUGUCCCAGGCCAGUCGGAGUUGCAUCCUCGCUCUCUCGAGGAUUCAUUCCGGAGCAUCUCCUUAUCAAAGUUUCGUGAUCACUCUGUUGAGUUCAGCAGCUCAAGAUUUUCUGAAAUCGGUGGGCCCCCUGAUGAUGAUGAGGAUGGCAAGCUCAGACCCUUGGUUUUGAAAAACAAGUCCCCUAGAUGGCACGAACAAUUACAGUGUUGGUGCUUGAACUUCCGUGGACGGGUAACUGUUGCCUCUGUUAAAAACUUCCAGUUGAUUGCCGCUACACAGCCUGCAGCUGGUGCUCCAACACCAUCUCAGCCAGCCCCACCAGAGCAUGAUAAGAUAAUUCUGCAGUUUGGUAAAGUUGGUAAAGAUAUGUUCACCAUGGAUUAUCGUUAUCCUCUAUCUGCAUUUCAGGCUUUUGCAAUUUGCUUGAGUAGCUUCGACACGAAAUUGGCGUGUGAAUAGAAAAAGCAUAAACUGAAGGCUGGAGAAAGCAGAACACUUUAAUGACAAUCUUUUUACCCUUUUUUCUUUUGCUCUUUACUCUUAUUUUUCUUUCUAUGGAUUCCUUCUAAUGUCAGUAGGAAUAGGAUAUUGUUGUUGUUGAUGUUGUUCUUCUGUUGUAAAACUCAUUUGUAAUUGUGGUGCUGGCCUGAUAUUUGAGCCUACAGCACUGCAAAUUGAAGUCUUUGUACCUUUAUUUGUUUCA